AAUAAAAAGUGACGGAUUAACUUUUAAAUUUAAUUGCACAUGAAAUAAAAAUAAAAAAUUUUUUAUAUUGUAAUUGCUUUUUAUUUUAACUACUAAUGGAUUUUUCACGGAAAAGCCGCGUUCGUGUAGAGCGGAAGCCAGAAUAUGAAAACUUAGAAAAUUUGUAUCCUUUUAAUGUUUUGUUGUAUCGUUUACCACCUCUUGAAGAAAUAAAAAUUCAAGAAUUUGAAGAUUUAGCUUUAGAAAGACUUAAAGUUUUAAGAAUAUUUGAGCAAGCUGGGUGUAAAAAUUUGCGUUUUUUAUCUGAUGAAUAUAAAGAAAAUAUUGUUAAUGAAUUAAAUCGUGAAGGUUUAAAAGGAUAUGUAAGAUUGCUAAGUGGCGGCAGCAGUACCAAAAAAGAUUUAGAUUUACAGGCGAGACGACGUGAUUACAUAUCGCAUUUUAUUUUAAGGCUAGGCUACUGCCGAUCCCAAGAUUUGAAAAAAUGGUUUAUUGCCAGAGAAAUGGAACUAUUUCGGUAUAAGUUUUCCUCUCUAAUGCCACAAGAAAUUAAGCAAUUUCUCGCUUAUAAUAAAAUGAACUAUGUACCUUUAAGUCAAGAACAAAAAGAAGAAAUAAAAGAUGGUUUGUUAGAUUCAACUUUUGGCAGAAAUCUUCAUACAAUAGAAGCAAAUGACUUCUAUAAAGUUAGCUUCUUGGAAGUUUUAGAUCUUGUACGAUCCAGGAAAUGCUUUUUGAAAAAAGGAUAUGCUUACGUUAGCUCGAAUGAUUUUAUUUCAAUUGUCGCCGCCAAACAUCAAGCAGAAAUAGAACAUGGUUUGAUCGCUUGCCAAAAACUAUUGCCAGAAGUAGAGAACGAUGAACGAAUUUAUUAUCUAUUAAAAGGUUUGCAUACCUCAUACACUGGCAAAGAUUAUGCUCUUACAAAGAGUGGGCAAGUCCCAAUCGAAGCAAUUGAUCAAUUGUCUAAAAAGUCAUUUCCAUUAUGUAUGCGAGUUUGUCAUGAAGUUUUGCGGACAACACACCACCAUAAGCACGGAGGUAGAAUGCAAUAUGGUCUAUUUUUAAAAGGAAUUGGAGUUACUCUAGAAGAUUCCUUACGUUUUUGGCGUGAAGAAUUUGUAAAACAAAUGGAUAUUGACAAAUUUGAAAAAUCGUACGCUUACAAUAUUCGACAUAAUUAUGGUAAGGAAGGAUCUAUGGUGAAUUACACUCCAUAUUCUUGCAUGAAAAUUAUAACGAGUAGUGUUGGUUCACAAACCUAUGGCUGUCCCUUUAAGCAUUUUGAUACAUCAGCAUUAAAACUUAAAUUAACAAGCUACGGUUUGUCUGCAGCAGCAGUUCAAGAAGUUAUGAAUUACGCCCAAAGAGGUCAUUACCAAAUAGCUUGCGGAAAAUACUUUGAAAUAACACAUGAUACAAAGCUUGACCAUGGAAUCACACAUCCCAACUUAUACUUUGAAGAAAGUCAGAUCAUUCAAGGCAAUAGAGCUCCCCAAACUAGUAAGACCCCUACGGCAGCUAAAAAAACAUCUAAUUAUAAAAAAAAUUCCGAAGCGUUAUUAAUGAAUGUGGAUGAUGAUGAUGAGCUGUGGAAUACAGCUGAAAAUGAGGAAACUGAAUUGGCGGAAACUCAAAAAAAGGAAGUUUGGGGAAAUGAUGACGAUUUUGAUGUGUCUCAAGUUGAAAGUAUGGAUAUGUAAUAAUAAGUUAGUUUUUUUGAAAUAUUUUAUAAAUUAAAAAAAUUGCUAGUUAUUUACAAUUGUA